GUGUGUGUGUAUCAGCUUUGCUUGCGAAACGCAAAAGUAUCAAAGGAAGCGCUAGCGUCUCGCGCGCUGCAGCAGCAGCGCUAUAACAACAACAAUAGUAAUGGCUCAAUGCUGUGAGACGACAACAGCGACAAUGUCCACGCGAUUUGGUGGCAGCACAGGUCGUCAGGCCACGCCGGCGUCCGCUGGUGCAUUACUAUCUAACAACAACAACAAGGAGGAAACAGCAGCAACUGCAACGUCAGCAACAGCUCAGAAAUUGUUGCCCACGCUACAGCAAAAGUUGACAUUCAACAACAACAAUAACAACAACAACAACAACACCAACAAUACCAACUCCUCCGUGACAACAACCUCUUCCGCCUCCUCAGCCUCCUCCAUCUCCUCUGCUUCCUUAUCCACAACCUUACCAACUUCUAAGCCCUGCAAUUGCUGUUGCGUUCACAUUUUGCAACAACAACAAUUGGAACAACAACAAUUGGUACAACAGAACGCCGCAGUAGCCGCCGCUAAAGAGCUAGUACGUACCGUAACAGCCACCAGCAUCAUGGAUAUGCCCUAUAACACCUCGCCGUCGUUACGCGUGCGUACCACCUCACUGAAUCAGUUGAAAAAAACAGCCGAUUUAGCAAUUGAAAAUGAGUUGCAUGUCUGUCCGUCGGUUAUGUCGGAAGAGUUGCGUAAACUGCUGCCACCCACAUCGGAAACGGUGAUGACCAAACCGUUUCCGAUUCGUGGCGAGCGGACAAUAGCCGAUUGUACAACGCCUCAUGUGAUUGCAAUGGUUGGUUUGCCCGCGAGAGGUAAGACCUUCAUAUCGAAGAAGCUGGCACGUUAUCUCAAUUGGAUUGGCAUCGCGACGCGUGUCUUUAAUUUGGGAGAGUAUCGGCGUCAUGCAACGACCGCCUAUAAAUCCCAUGAGUUCUUUCGUGCCGAUAAUGAGGAAGCAAUGGCAAUUCGGAAUCGCUGUGCUAAUCAAGCACUGCAUGAUUCGUGUGAUUGGCUGCUGAGUGGACUCGGCAGCAUUGCUGUCUUUGAUGCUACCAAUUCGACUCAUGACCGUCGUCAACUGAUCUACGAUAUUGUGGUUAAGCAACAUGGUUUUCGCUUAUUCUUUGUCGAGUCGAUAUGCGAUGAUCCGCAAAUCAUUGAACAGAAUAUAUUGGAAGUGAAGGUCAGCUCUCCGGACUAUAUCAAUAUGAAUACGGACUUGGUUGUGCGAGACUUCUUGCAACGCAUCGAACACUACGAGGAGCGAUAUCAGCCGAUUGACGAAGUUGCGGAAUCACAUCUCAGCUUCAUGAAAGUCUAUAAUGCCGGCAAAAAGGUCGUCGUCUACAACAACGAAGGUCAUGUCGAAUCGCGCAUUGUUUACUAUCUGAUGAACAUUCACAUAACACCACGUACCAUCUAUCUAACGCGUCACGGUGAAUCGGAACAUAAUUUGAGCGGCUUAAUUGGUGGCGACUCGAAUUUGAGUCCCCGUGGACACCAAUAUGCCCGAGCCUUGUCCUCAUUCAUCUCGCAGCAACAGAUCGAUGGAUUGCGUGUUUGGACCUCUUGGAUGAAACGUGCCAUACAGACUGUAGCAGAUGUGAAAGCGCCCCAGGAACGUUGGAAGGCAUUGAACGAGAUCGAUGCGGGUCACUGUGAAGAGAUGACCUAUGAGCAGAUUAAAGAGCGUUUUCCCGAAGAGUUUAAGGCGCGCGAUGUCAACAAGUUUGCUUAUCGCUAUCCACGCGGCGAAAGCUAUGAAGAUCUGGUGGCACGUCUUGAGCCUGUCAUCAUGGAAUUGGAACGUCAGGGCAAUGUGCUCGUUGUCUCCCAUCAGGCUGUCUUGAGGUGCUUGUUCGCUUACUUUUUGGACAAGUCAGCGGAUGAGUUGCCCUAUUUGUAUGUCCCAUUGCAUACGGUCAUUAAGCUAACACCUGUCGCCUAUGGCUGUAAGGUGGAGCAUAUUAAAUUGCCAAUCGAUGCUGUCGAUACGCAUCGUCCAAAGCCAAAAAUACCUGGAGACGUUAGCGAACCCGGUUUGGAUGGUCUAAGUGGUGAGCUGGUUGCGCCCGAUGGCGUCGGCAAGGUGCUCAUCGUGGGCGAUGAUGUGGCUACGGCAACGUCUGCCUCCACCAAUGGCAACGGCGGUCGUGCGGAUAAUACCCAAUGACAUUGCUUCAAGCCUCCAAAACCAAUGAAAUCUAAGACAUUAUAAAAAAGGCAACCGAGAUAACCAAAAGACCCCCAAUCCUAACCCACCAAUCAAUCAACUAAUCCAAUCCCCGCCCCCAUUGGAUUAUCGCUCUGUAAUUGAUGGAAACGGAAAAGACACUUUCUUCACACACGCACACACCCACAGACACAGACAGACAACGCGGGCGUUGUAAUGUUAACAUAAGCAUAACAGUUGCUCUGAACAGAGCAGCAAGCUUAACAGUAGAUGUUGCCGUUUACAGAUAACGCUUUCAUAACGGACUGCAAAUGAAAACAUUAACAGCAGCUUUAAAUAUCGUUGAAUAUCGCUGUCAGAUCACUUGGCAUGAACAUAACCGAUAACCAUAGACUUAACAGUUAACAGUUGUUAACAAAGCCGUUAACUGUAUCUAACUAUUAACGUUAACAGCAUACCUAAGAGUCUCUAUUAACAUGAAAGUGCAAAAAACAAUAAGACAGAGCUUACAUUUGCAUUUUAAAACAACACACUUAGCAGUUGAUGUUUACAGAGCCAUGAAAGUAACAUCGAGAACUUGCAAAUGUUAUAUAGAUCUAUAACAUUCAACAGAGCUCUUUAACAGAGCGAAUUGCAUGCGUCGAAAGCUGUAGCCCUUAACAUUUACUGUUAACAGCACCUCAGUCGAAUGUGGAAUAGUUACGGUUAAAGUCUAUGAAUGUUAAGCAAAAAGCGCUUAACAUCUGCUGUUAUAUCUUAUGUUAACAGAUUUCCUGGAACAGUGUACUUACAGAAAAACAACAGAAACUGAAAUAAUUUACAGACUGCUUUAUGUGAACUGUGUUUAUAAGUGUGUAUAACUGUAGUAGUAAAAGCUUCUGUACUUUUGUAAUGUUAGCAGACUGUUAACUCUCAGUUAACAGCUGUUAGCAGUUAACAGUUGCCAUUCUCUAUUUUUCUCUAUCUAUUUUUAUAUUCCUUAUGUCUCUCUAUUAUGCCUGUUUGCCUUUGUGUUUAAA